CUGGUGCACGUGAAACAGGAAACAGAAGCCAGGCAAAUGCCAUUUGCUAUCUACAGCAACAACACAAAUUGCAAAAAAAUAACGGAGAAGGACAAAUUCACUGUGCAGACAGACUCCAGGUUAAGCUGUCACAGUACUAAACAAGGAAUUGCCAUCCAUUGCUACAAAACGAAACCGCUUCUGAGUUGGUUUCAAACACGUCUCCCCACACACAAGAUAAACCUUCGCUGUGCAGCUGGUUUGAAUUCAGAUCAGGAAGGAUUUUACCAAAGGGGAGGCAUGGUGUUCUGCCACUUGAAGUUGUUUAUAGGCUUUGGCAGUAGGGAUGUCCUCACAAAAGCUUCAAGGAGCAGUAACAGAAGCACCUCUUUGAUAUGGAGAUGCUGCUAUCACAGGACUCCAGGAAGCUUCCUGGAUCCUGAAAUGAGAGCGUUUCUGGAGGAGAACACUGAAGUCAGUAGCAGCGGGCACCUCACACCAGAGAUACGACUGCGACUUCUGACACCUCGCUGCAGAUUCUGGCAGGAAAGAGCUGACUUGUGGCCCUAUGGCGACCCCUUCUGGGCAAUCUACUGGCCAGGAGGCCAAGCCCUGUCCAGGUAUAUCUUAGAUAACCCGGAUGCUGUCAGAAUGGGAUCAGUACUAGAUCUCGGAAGUGGAUGUGGAGCAACAGCAAUCGCUGCUGUGAUGAGCGGUGCAUCCCAGGUCCAUGCUAAUGACAUCGACCCCAUUGCAGGAAUGGCCAUGGUAUUAAAUUGCGAGCUGAACAAUGUGAACCCCUUUCCUAUUCUAACUAAGAACAUCAUUGAUACAGAGCUGGACAACUGGGACCUCAUUGUUUUGGGGGAUAUGUUUUAUGAUGAACAACUUGCAAACAGUCUUCAUCACUGGUUGAGGAAAUGCAUCAGGACUCAUGGAACUAAAGUGCUAAUUGGUGACCCUGGGAGGCCUCAGUUCUUAGGCCACCGCAUUCACAGUCAAUUACACAAAGUGGUAGAAUAUACACUUCCUGAAUCCACUAGGCAAGAAAAUAAUGGAUUAACCUCAAGCAUUGUCUGGAGUUACCAGCCCUGACCUCUCCAUUUCUCCAAAAGCUGCUAACACUGGAUUUAGAAGAAGUGUGGUCUUUAAAAAAAGAAAUGUGUGUUCUCUGUUUAUAAAGUAUGAAAAUGGAACAUUGGAAAAUGGGGCAGAUCCUCCGCUGGUGCAAACUGCUGUAAUGCCACUGAAGUGCACACAGUUACAAUUCACACCAGCUGAGAAUCUGGUCCAUAGUUUGGGAGAAGCCUUACAGGUAAAUUCCACCCUCAGAUGUGCAGAUGCCCCCUGCCCUGCCCCAUUGAUGCCAAUGGAAGUUAAGUGUGUGUGUUCAAAGGCUGAACAGGAUGUAACCAAAUAAAAUAUCAAGAUAAACAGGGAAAGGAUAAUAGAAAUUCAGUGUAGCGGCGUGCAGCUUAGUGGGUUACCACAGAAUGUUCCUGUUCACUGCUGCACCAGUUGAUAAGAAUCUAGUUUUCAAUGUCUGGUGAAGAUAAGUGUGUUGAACUAUCUGGCUGCUUCACAAAUUUCCUUUGCUAAUUAUGAGGCUAUUUUGUCCCACGAAGUGACAGUUUUAUCCAGCAGCAUGUGCCUGCAGUUCCUCUGGGGGAUUUAAAUCUCCUUCCUGUGUGUAAUUCAGUUAUGCAUAUCCAGGCGGAUAUAGCAUUCUUGUGAGCUUUCUGACCCCUGCAACUAGGAUGUAUUCACCAGAAUAAAAAUAGCUUAGUCCUGUUGAUGUACAUGUACAAACAGUAUGGCGCUAGCCCUUUUAAAACCAGUGCAUCUGUGCUGCAUCAAGUGGCCCAUAUUAGGCUUUAAAAGCAGCCACUUGGGCCUGAGACAGAGCGACACUAGGUAAGUCAGAGCUAAAAAAGCUGCAGGAAGCAGCAGGACUGCCAGAGUCCCCUGGGAGGAGAGACAGUGAAAGCCUGAGUAGUAAAGGGGAAAAGUCCCCUGGGGAUUGUAGCCCAGGGUGAAUUGAGGAAUUGGGCUUGCUUGAUUUGUUUAAGUUUGGUCAAUAAAACUGUCUCAAAAGAGACUGAGUAUG